UUUUUAAAAACAUAUGUAACAGCAGUGAAAUUUUAUAAAGACAAUUAUGUCUUGGCAGGAGUUGGUGGAAAUUUGAAUAUCUAUAAGUUAAAUGAUGAUACAGAAAAAAGCCUAACACAUGUGGAAAUAUUUCAAGGGCAAUCUAUACAUGGAAUUGUUAUUAGUGAAAAGAGUGAACUUAUUGUAUACGGGGGCAAAUCGAUUUGCUUGAUUCACUUAAGUGUUUUAAACGACAUUUUAGUGGCUACUAUUAUAAACAAAUAUUCUUUAAAGGAUUGGAUUUUGAAAAUAAAGUUUAUUGAUUAUUAUCUUUUGGCAAUAACUGCACAUAAUAACGCUAGCUUGAUAAAUGCUACAACAGGAGAUGAAGUAAAGUUUUAUACGUCUGAAGAAAAAUGUAUAUUAUAUUCUGCUGAAAUAGUUUGUGAUGAAAAUGCAGAACUAACUAAUAAUUUGAUAUUUGGAGGAACUGUUUUUAGUGAAAUAAUUAUUUGGAAAACGGAAUAUACAAAUAAAUGCAAUCAAAUAUUACAUCGAUUACAAGGACACAAGGGAGUGAUAUUUUCUAUAGCUUAUAGCAAGGAAUUGAAAAAAGUUACCUCAACCUCUGAUGAUCGGUCUUUAAGAAUCUGGAACAUUAAAGAAAAUAAUAAUACAUUAAAUAAUGGAACAUAUUGGGAAAAUGUAACAAUUUCGUUACACAAAACAGCAUUUGGACACAUGGACAGAGUUCGUGCCAGUAUUAUCAUUAAGGACCUUAAUUUAAUCAUUUCUAUUGGAGAAGAUUCUAUGAUUUGUACAUGGGAUUUAAAUGGAAAACUUUUAAAUAAAAAGAAUUCUCAUCAAUGUGGACCUAUAUGGAGUUUAGAUGUAAAUGUGGAAAAACAAUUAAUUGCAACAGGGGGUAGCGAUGGAGGCCUAUUAUUACAUUGUUUAGUACCAAAAGUACCUAACUUACAGCCGCUACCUUUAAAUAAUAACGAUGCAACUUUUCUUAAAAAUAAUUUUACACCAAAGAAAAUUAUAUAUACUUUUAAAUCCACACUUCUAUGUAUCUCAAAUGAAGGGCAUUUAUUAAAAUUUGUGCCAAAAUCAAAUUGUUGGAAUUUGGUGGACCACAUGAGUGAAAUGUUUUCAUAUUCUGUAAUAGAUAGUAAAUUUAAUACUAUAGCAAUUUGUGGUUUGAAUGGAAAUAUAAGAAUUUAUGAAGAAACAAAUUCAGAAAUAAAGCUGUUAGUUAAGAAAACAUUAUUCGAAGAAAGAAUUGUUUUUGUUUCUAUAGCAAACAAUGGCAACAUCAUACUAUGUGCAGAAAUAGGCAUCAUAUCAACCUAUGUUUUAUUAAAUAAUGAUUUAAAAAAAGUGAGUGAAUUUAAAAUUCCUUUAACUAAUGAGCCUUGGUGUACUGCUGCAAAUAUGAUUGAGAAUUAUUUGGUUAUAGGUGAUCGUAAAGGAAAUAUUCAUUUAUAUGAUGAAGAUUAUUUACCUGUACAUACAGCUCUUAAAGUGCACUGUCAUUUAGGUGUAACAGAUAUAAAUAUUUAUAAUAAUACUAUAAUAUCUACAGGGCGAGAUGGAAAAUGUGCAAAAUUUAAAAUUCAUACAAAAGAAUUAGUAAAAUUAUCAUGCACAAGGAUUGACCUGAAAUGGAUUGGUAGAUAUUUUAUUGUAAAUAAUCAAGAAAUGUUAUGUGGAUUUUUAUCAAACAAAUUUAUGAUUUGUACAUUAAACGAAAUCAUUUGGCAAGUUGACUGUGGAGGAGGGCACAGAUCAUGGGAUAUGAACAUAAGUGAUAAUAAUGUAAAUUUGGCUUUCAUCAAAAAUGGUGUUAUAUAUAAAACACAAGUUAUUCUAUCUGAUAUACUAAUAAAACCAUUAGAAGAAAGUUUUGUAAGUAAGGAAAUAAAUGCAUUAUGUUCUUUAUUUUCUAAUAGUUUAUUUAGUAUUUUUAUUAUUGGUGGCGAAGAUACAAUCUUGACAAUAAGUAUAUUUAAUAAAAAUUUAAAUAAAAUUGGAAAAGUUCUAACAAUACAAACACAUUUAUCCAGUAUCAAGGACAUUAAAGUUAUAAAAUGCCACGAGGAACUUCAAAUAUUAUCUUUCUAUGUUAUAUCUUGCGGAGGCAGAGCUCAAAUUUGUAUUUCGAAAGUUGAUAUUGAUAUCUCAAAUGCUAGUGAUCUUGUUGUACAUUCUGAACUUUUAGGGGAGCACAUGUUAAAUAAUUUUGAUUCCGUUAAAAAACAAACUAAUUAUGAACAUUUUCAAGAUAUGAGGUAUAUGAAUCUAUCUGUGAUAUUUAGUGAUAAGAGUAAUGAAUUAACAAAGGAUGGAUUGAACAUAUUGUUAGCAGCAGGCUGUUCUGAUGGAUUUUUAAGAAUAUUUAAUGUUAAACAAAAUAACUCAAAACUUGAUAUAAAUCUGAUAACUUCAAAAAUGACUAGUAAAUGUAUUCUUAGUGUCCAUACUAUUAAAAAAACUGAUCCAGACUGCAUCAUUAUUUUAACAACAGAUACUGAAGGAAAAAUUAAGAUAUGGAGCUUAUUUAAUAAAUGCAAUGAUGUUUCUUCUCAAUGCUUAAGUGACACAUAUAAUUUACAAUCUAUUACAAAUUGGAAAUCACAUGAAAAUGGAAUAAAUAGUUGUGAUAUUAAAAAAUUGGGAGCUGAUACUUAUAUUAUGGCAACAGGUGGUGAUGAUAAUGCAUUAAUAUUAAGAUUAUUCACAAUUUAUGGAGAAAUAAAUUCAUUCAAAGCUGAAAAUAUAACUACUUGGGAGAUAAAAACAGCACAUUGUGCUCAAAUAACAGGCGUUGUAAUUUUUAAUGAAUUCAUCAUUACAACAUCAAUUGAUCAAAGAAUAUCUUUAUUUGAGUGGACUGCUAAUACGAAGGAAGGAAUUCAGUGCAAUUAUUUGUAUCAAAGACUUACUACAGUAGCUGAUAUAAAGGGAAUAUGUAUCAUUAAUAAAUCAAUAAAUUCUUUAUUAAUUUGCAUUUAUGGAAGAGGUGUCAACAUAUUGGAAUUAAAAACAACUAAAGAAAAUAAAUAA